CUGGAAGUAGUUGCUGUGACCCCCAGCGGGGCGGGGCCGAGCCGGUGCUGGUGAGCGCUUGGUGUCUCGCUCUCUCACAGUGUUCCCCGGGUUAAAGGGGGUGGCUGAACUACCAUCGUGGUCACCAUGGACCCCAGCGCCUUGGAGCAGGACGCCGUCAAGUUCGCCCAGGUGGCGGUGAGGAACGAUCAGAGCGGCCGCUUCAACGAGGCUGUCUUUUACUACAAGGAAGCUGCUCAAGCAUUAAUAUGCGCUGGCAUGGCUGGCUCGAAGUUGGAUGGUAUUCAGGAGAAAAUAACUGAGUACAUGGACCGUGUGCAGGCUCUUUACUCUGCAGUUCAAGCACAGGCCCACAAAGGACACCCUCUGAAAUCAAAGCAGCAGAUGGAUCUGGAACGUGCACACUUCCUGGUCACACAAGCAUUUGAUGAGGAUGAAAAGGGCAAUGCUGACGAGGCUGUGGAACUGUACACUGAGGCUGUUGAAUUGUGCCUGAACACAGCUAAUGAGACCUCUGAUCAAACACUGCAGGGUAAAUUGAAGCAAUUAGCUCGACAAGCACUUGACAGAGCUGAAGCAUUAAAAGACUCUGCACCCAAAAUUCCUGCAGAAAAGAAGCACAGUGUGGGGAAACCAAGUCAGCCAGUUCGAGCCUUCCACCCGCUGGGAUCGGAUUUUACGCUGAAUGAUAAACCACUUAUAUCUAGAGUUCAGGGCAGUGAACAGUCAUCCCAUGGCCAACUUUACUCACCAGAGGAAAUUGAGGUGCUACGAAAAACUUCUAAGAUCAAUGGAAUUGAAUAUGUGCCUUUCAUGACUGUGGAUCUCAAAGAGCGAUUUGCAUUUCCGAUGCCCUUUUCGGAUAAAGCAGGCAAGCUGGUAUUAUCACCAAAGCAGAAAGCGUUAUUUUCCCGGUGGGUACGACCAGAUGACUUCUGCAACAACCCUACAAUGAUCUAUACUGUAUCUAGCUUUAGUAUAAAACAGACUGUGGUAUCAGACUGUUCCUUUGUGGCCUCUCUAGCCAUCGGGGCUGCGUAUGAAAGACGUUACAAUAAAAAGUUGAUCACGAGCAUUAUUUAUCCUCAGAAUAGGAAGGGUGAGCCAGAGUAUAAUCCCUGUGGGAAAUACAUGGUGAAACUACACAUCAAUGGUGUUCCCAGAAAGGUGGUCAUUGAUGACUAUUUGCCUGUGGAUUACAAUGGUGACCUGCUGUGUUCGUACUCCAAUAACAAAAAUGAACUUUGGGUCUCUUUGAUUGAAAAGGCCUACAUGAAGGUUAUGGGAGGAUAUGAUUUUCCAGGCUCCAAUUCUAACAUCGAUCUCCAUGCUUUAACUGGCUGGAUACCUGAGCGAAUUGCGAUGCAUUCAGACAAUCAGAAGUUUGAUUAUGAGGGCACUUUCAAAAUGCUAUAUCAAAGAUUUCACAAGGGAGAUGUUCUGAUUACUACAGCAACUGGCAUUAUGAGUGAGGAAGAAGGAGAGCGAUGGGGACUGGUACCGACGCACGCAUAUGCUGUUCUUGACAUUCGGGAGUACAAGGGUUCUAAAUUUCUUCAGCUCAAAAAUCCCUGGAGUCAUUUACGAUGGAAAGGCCGAUACAGUGAUAAAGAUGAGAAAAGCUGGACCCCAGCUCUCCAGAAGUAUUUGAACUUUGAUCCUAAAACCGCACAGAAGUUUGACAAUGGAAUAUUUUGGAUCAACUGGGAGGACCUUUGCCAACAUUAUGAUGUUAUUUACCUGAGCUGGAAUCCUGCACUGUUCAAAGAGUCAACCUAUAUUCACAGUACUUGGGAUGCAAAGCAAGGGCCUGUGAAAGAUGCCUACAGCCUGGCUAACAAUCCGCAAUACAAAUUGGAGGUGCAAUGUCCACAAGGUGGUGCUGCAGUUUGGGUUCUACUGACUAGACACAUUACUGAUAAGGACCUCCUGAAAUACAUGGCACAGCUCCUGGCGGCUGCUGAAUAUGAAGUGCUUGUGAAUGAAUAUGUGUUCCGUGAAACUGUUAAUAAGAAGGAAGGUCUUUGUGUUCCAAGAGUUUUUCUUCAAUGCAAGUUUAAGAAGCCAGAGAGAAAUCGAUACAAUUAA